GUUAGUUGCAGAGUUAGCGCUGUAAAUUAUAGCCUUGAAAGUUUCCAGUGGCUAACUCAAUUAUCAACUUUCUAAAUUUUAGCAGUUUAUGUACUAACAUUUCAAAUAUUAACAUAUUAACGGAAUUUGCUACUUAUCCAUCCUUAUCCAAACUUCAACAAAUAGCAAAAAGUCAUAAUGUUCGCGCGACCACGAGUCAAGAAAGGCGCACUGCUUCCGCCACCCAAGAAGAGAAAAGUUCAGCAUCUGAUCGAGGAAAUCAAGUUCGACAACGAUGCCCGCGAUGAUUACUUGACCGGAUUUCAUAAGCGCAAACUACAGAGAGUCAAGAAUGCCCAAGAUCAGGCGGCCAAAAGAGCAAGAGAAGAAAAGAUUGAGAUGAGAAAACAGCUACGUGAAGAUCGCAAGCGGGAAGUCGAAGAGCACGUUCAAAAUGUCAAUGCACUUCUAAAGCAGGCAGAACAAGCCGGUUACGUGGGCGGAGAUGCAACAUCGGAAGAUGACAUGGGCGAAUGGGGAGGAUUUCAAGACACUCCUGAACUAGAGCCGGUAGAUCACGAGGAAGAAUACAUCGACGAAGAACGAUACACUACGGUGACGGUGGAGUCGGUAAAUGUGUCUAAGGAUGGACUGUCAAGUUCCAGACCAGAGGAAGAAGACUCGGGCGAGGAGGGACAAGAAACGGCGACAAAGGGGGAUCCUAAUGCCUCCCCAGGGAGCAAGGAGAAACCCAAGCCGCCACAGAAAAGGAAACACAAGUUCAGAUACGAGACCAAGGCGGAAAGGCAACUGAGCCAGAGGAAACAGAAAGCCUCCAAGAUUAGAAGGAAACCACGUGAUUGAUUAACGCAUUCUCUACCCGUCUCGCAAAGGUUUGCUGUUGCAAAUACCACAUAUAAGUCCACCAUAGAAUAAACGUGCCUCUACCACUCGAGUCCUCCCCCUACUAUUACCCAUACCACGGCCAAUUUCGUAUCCUCGAGAUGGACGGAAGGUUCCGGUCGGUCGAUCGGUUGGUUAGUUGAUGGAUGGAUCGAUCUAAAUAAGCCCCCUUCGUGUAAGUUGACAUGGUGCCGGUGUUGGUAUGAACGAAAUCCCUAAGUCUUCCCCUAAGCAAAACAUUCGCAUCGCGGCACC